GGGCGAGCCUGAAAGCCUCGUCGACCGGUGUGCAGGCAGUAGGCGAGUGGGUCCAUCAUAUGAGCGUGACAGGCUCUCGCCAGCCUGGGAAGGCGGCGGCGGCGGCGGCGCUGGUGCGAGGUAAUCUCGGCCUGACCUUUCACGGCUAGCCUGAGAAUGGUGUCCAUCCCAGCUACUACUUGAUGCAGCGCCGCGGUCAGUAGGAAAGCCCACUUGUGAAGCGCUUCGCGCGGCAUUCCUAAAUGGCUCUCGAGAAGGCUGCGAACCGUACCUGACAUCGGAGUAGGCAACGUCACGGACGGGAGAGCGCGCCCGUGGGUCUCUGUGUGGACCGCUCGCUGGCCAUCGACUGGUUCCUGCAACAGGCUCGCGGCUCGUAGGACCCUCUGGUCUCACCGCUCUUGCAUGAUGGUAGAAAGGUGGGAAGGAAGCUCGCUCCGCGACGCUAUGCGACGCAACAUGUAGCGGCGGCGGCCUAGCGAUGGUCGGCCUGCGAAGUUCUGAGUUCGACCAAUCCUGCAACGCAGCGUCGGGUCUAGGGGAAACGUCGCUGGUCCAACUUGGACUUCGCAGCGCUGCGGACCGGCCACUGUACGUAGCCCCAGACGCGGAGUUGCCAACUGCGGGCCGCUGUUCAUGCUGCCAACCGCGGUGCUCGCCUGAGGGACUUGGCUGUACGGGUCUUGGGUGAGGAGUAGAAGAGUCCUGGGGACUUGUUGGACGCCUCGUCGACGACGUCCCGAGGCCCGUGGCCGCGCCUGCUAUCGAUGUGCCUUGACCCGAUCCCGAAAGUUCUGAUCUCAAAGUUGGCAGCCGUUCCCUGGAGGCAGGUGGCGUUGACAUGAACGCACCGACGGCUGUUUGGGGCCCGCCCUCCAACGGGGCGUACAGCAGAUGGGAUGCCACUCGCUUGGCACAAGCACCGCUACCCAGUCUUGUCAAUUAGCGUUGGUGGUCGUGCCAGACGAAGAAACGGAGUCCGAGCAAUCGCUACAGCGGCGUCUUCGGCGUGCGAAGAUGGAGAUCAAUUUACGGCAGCGUCUCGGCGUGCUGAGUUGAGCGAGGAGCGACGUGGUUGCCAGGAACGACGAGGCCGCGGUAUCAAGGUGUCGACAAAGCAGACGAUCACCCUGCUCAGCGCCGCGAGACGGAUGUUGCGGUGGGCGGUCUAGCCAGCAGGGGCGGAUUGGGGGUAGUCUGCCAUAAAGAUGCCCGGAUUUGGAGGCGAUGCAAAUUUCGCGAGGUAGGACCUCUGGUUUUCAGGGUGCGUCUGAUUCGAGAUCAGGGAGCGUGUUGAUAGUUGCAGGUAGUUUCGGAAGAUUGGAUCUAGCGGACUGCUAGCGAUCGAUGGUAGCUGACAGUCUGCGCUGAGUGCAACUCGAUGUGUCGAGAACUGAUGAGGUAGUGGUGUGCUGACAGGCGCCUCAGUAGACGAUUAGCAGGUGAGGAGACUCGUAGAGAGCACACAGGCACGGGGACGAUGUUGUCAGGCGGCGCUAGAGGGUAAUAAAUGAGGGUAUGGGGGCACGACGAUCCCUGUGAGAAGAGUGCCAAGUGAUGGAAGGAAAGUCGGAUCAAUGCUCGAUUGAUUGUCGUCCUCAGAAGCAGAGUGCGCGCACACAAAAGGAAGUUGUAGAUUGCAACAAUGUCUAUCGUCGGCACGUCGGCGAAGGCAUCGUUUGGCGAACACCUUUGUCCUGCUCUGGUGAGAGUGUCCGCAGGCUUGCGUGCCUGUCGAGCAUCAGCGAGGGCGGAAUGGUGCCACGCGGAGAAAGCAACAAGUGAGACCUGGUCAAUGGCUGAGCAGUCUUGCAUGAUUGAAUACCGGCAAGUGUGAAUGGCAAGUGGUAGCCAAAGGCAGGCAGAGAGCAAGCAUGGCCUCAAGCAACCAUCCAAGAGCAAUCUCGGUCCCGCACUUUUCCAAUCAAUCAAGCUCGGCAUACGGCAGAGUGAGGCGCUCAAAGAGUUUCACCUCCAGCUUGGCCCCCUUGGCUUAGCCUUGGCUCUGCUUCUGACGUUCUACACUUGCGCGAUACCUCUCUAUAAUGAAUGGCUAUACUUCUCCGGCCGACGCAGCGGUAAGGGUGUCGAUGUGCCGGUGGGCUGGGCCGGAGCGCGGCUCCGAAGUUGAUGAGACCCUGCUGCUGUCGCAAUGGCCCUGUUCGCUAUGUGGUAUGACAAAAAUAUUAAAGUGUGUGACCGUGGCGGGGCGGAAGCUGCUCGUAUGGGCGGGACACGUCGCAGAGCUAAAUUGACGUGUAGGUACGUGAUCUGAGACAGGAUAGUGUAUGUAGCGACAACAAAGCGCAGCUUGAUGACUUCUUGCUUGCAGCUCGAGGUGAGACACGGAGCGACCUGGGCUGCUACAGCCUGCUGGAGCACUCGAAGAUGCUUGCGGACGACAGACUCUAUGUCCUUCACUGAUCUUGUGCCCAGCUGGCAUCCAGAUUGUCUCGGGUACGCCCAAGAUCACGGUGCACUCCAGCUGCCGCGGA